AUGCCUAACAUUCUGCAUUUGCUUCGUGCGAGAAAUUUGCUUGUCUUGAAGAAACGACCUCUCUUGGAACAGCGCCGGAAGUGGCAAAUUCUUUUCCGUCGGCCUUCUCAGGAGAUGUUGCUUGUGACCGAAAUUGGCGUCAAGGCGCUUGACUUAGGGUUAUUGGCUGCUCCUCAAGAAUCCUUUGGAGUUCCUGUCCAAAUCAGGACGAGAGCGGUCUCUUCAAAUAAACCUUGUUUUAGCGGUAGUGUGAAGCCUUGGAGCCCAAAAGGGAAUAAUGUGAAGAAAGCGGUGUCCAAAACGAGAAUAAUUGUCUCCAUAUUUCCCUUCUUGGGAGGUGAAAGGGACUGGAAGGAUUCUGGCUCGAGGGUAAUUUUCAUUGUUCAAACCGCUCAAGGCAACAAAAUGGCGGGGAGCGUCGAAGGAGGGCCCCAGCCACCGAUAUCAUUAACCGCUGGCCCAGAGCCUACUGCGGGUCACUGGAGCUUUUCGCCAGCCGAAAAAGAGCAAGAAAACUCGGAUCUGGUAUGGAGAGAGGUCCUUGUAUGA